ACGAGAGCAGUCAACAGGAUGGGUCGAACAAUAAGAGUGCUUACGUUGUACGGCUGUGUGAUCGGAAUUUUGUUGGCGUUGACAGUUAGGUUGACCACCGCUGCAGAGGAACUGUUCGGGUACAGAGAAGAUCCGGAGGACAAUCCCGGACGACAGAACGCCAAUAAUCGAACCCCGGUCUACAUUCCGGGUCGCUGCGGAGAGAAUGAAAUCCUCUACCCAGGAGAUCAGGAGAACGAUUGGGUGUGCGAUUGCCGUCCCGCACACGUCUACCAUCCCAUUUCGGCCGGAUGCUUUCCGCUGUACACCCGGGCCUACUGUCGCGAGGACGAGUAUGUAGAGAUUAAGCUGGGCUCCAAGCUGCCCAAGUGUACGAAGAAUAUCUGCGAAAAAGGGCAUCUUCCCUUCAACGGACUGUGCGUCGUUCUCCACAAGAACAACGAGGGAGCCUGCCCGACGGUUCAGCACAUCCGGUACGUGAUCGGGGUGAAUGAAGUCACGUUGCAGCUAGAUUGUAUCAGCCGAGCACCGGUGGAUUUUAAGAAAAUUGUAAAGAAACGGACAGAAGUAGAUGAUCCUGAAAUCAUGGUGACAAAGGAAGGGCAUGUUUUGGUUCUGACUGCGGUCAAAGGUGCCGUCGGAUCGAUUGCUUGGUUAAAUGCAACGCAACUGGAGGAUAAGGAAGAUGCUAUCGAAGGGACAGAAGCUCCGCUAUAAAUUGAUGUGCAAUUU